GCGGUUUACCUUAUUCCUUUUCUUCAAGGGUUGCAAAGUGAUGAGUGGUUUGCCUUAUGCUCUCCUAGAAAGCAACAUGGGAGAUAUAUAACUUUUGCACAAUGGAAUCCAGAACACUAUUAUCUGCUAAUAGAGGUCGCUACUCCUGUGGGACUUUACGUAGUAUUUUUGUCUUUGAAAUAUAAUUUCACAGCAAUUGUGUCUGUAAAUUGCAAGUUGAGGAAAAGUGUGGACAAACAGAACUCCGACUAAAUCCUUUCAACAAUAAAAAUUUCAUCCUAUCGAGACCAAAUUUCCUGGGCUCUUAUGGGAAUUAAACACUCCUCCCGCUGUAUGCUGCUCAGUGGGAAAAUGGCGGAGUCUGAGAGAACUGAGCAACAGCAGCAGCCGCAGCCAAUCCGCAUCAUCCAAUCUCAGCGCGUGCAGCCCACCUCGCUGCCAAAGCCUGUGCCCUCCGUCCACCAUGUCCCGAGGCCGCCCCAUACGCCCCACGCUGCCUCCCUGCCUAGCUGCCCUGGCCGGGGGAAGAUGGCCAAGUUCCUCAACCCUGAGGAGAUGACCUCAAGGGACUACUACUUUGACUCCUACGCUCACUUUGGAAUCCAUGAGGAGAUGCUGAAGGACGAAGUGAGGACGCUCACCUACAGGAACUCCAUGUACCACAACAAGCACGCCUUUAAGGACAAGAUUGUCCUUGACGUGGGCAGCGGGACUGGCAUCCUGUCCAUGUUUGCAGCCAAGGCGGGAGCCAAACACGUGUACGGGAUUGAAUGUUCCAGUAUAUCGGAGUACUCUGAGAAAAUCAUCAAGUCUAACCACCUGGACAGUGUUAUCACCAUCUUCAGGGGCAAGGUGGAGGAAGUGGAGCUGCCAGUGGAGAAGGUUGACAUCAUCAUCUCAGAGUGGAUGGGCUACUGUCUCUUCUAUGAGUCCAUGCUUAAUACCGUCAUCUUUGCACGGGACAAGUGGCUGAAACCCGGCGGACUGAUGUUUCCAGACCGUGCUGCGCUGUAUGUGGUGGCCAUCGAGGACAGGCAGUACAAGGACUUCAAAAUCCACUGGUGGGAGAACGUGUAUGGCUUUGACAUGACUUGCAUCCGUAACGUGGCCAUAAAGGAGCCCCUGGUGGACAUGGUGGACCCCAAACAGGUGGUCACCAACUCUUGCCUGAUCAAGGAGGUGAACAUCUACACAGUGAAGACUGAGGACUUAUCCUUCACUUCAGCCUUCUGCCUUCAGAUCCAGAGGAACGACUACAUCCACGCCCUGGUCACCUACUUCAACAUUGAGUUCACCAAGUGUCACAAGAAGACUGGCUUCUCCACCGCCCCUGAUGCUCCGUUCACACACUGGAAACAGACAGUCUUCUACCUGGAGGACUACCUGACCGUAAGGAGGGGCGAGGAGAUCAUUGGCAGCAUCAACAUGAAGCCCAACGAGAAGAACAUACGUGACUUGGACUUCACCUUUGAGCUGGAUUUCAAAGGACAGAUAUGUGAGGCAGCCAUCUCCCACGACUACAAGAUGCGCUAGAUAGGUGUCCAAUAGGGAGAAGCCGGUGUGCAGUGCUGCCUGCAGCCCCACAAAUACACAGAGGGAAGGAAGAGGCACUCCCAUUGAGAUAAU